CUUGUUACUCUUGUUUUACGAAACGGCGAACCGAGGAACGGGUUUUAAAAGCUUUAGGCCAGCCGUCGCGCUAGACACAAUAUUGGCGCGCGGUCUGCGAGCAGGAUCUCCCGACCAGCAAGGACUUCGCACACCACUGCAGCGCACGAGCUCUGCUGUCCGCGGGACCAAGGACGUCAAGGAGCACAUUCCCGUAGGGGGUACACGUUGCCAUGGGGAUACAGCGAUGGUUACUGUUGGCGCUGGUGGCUGUGGCGGCGGUGGGGGCCCGACCUGCCGAGGACGCUGCUGAAGAGCCGGAGCCUCCCACGAGGACCGCCAGAGCGCAAUACGGCAGCCUCAAGUCGCAGCCACCGCCGUGGGGCUUCCUCUACGCACCACAGCAGUUCAGAGCUCAACAGCCGGUGGCGAUCCCAACUGUCAUCCACCGAAUACCGUCCGUCUACCAGCCGCAGCUCGCGCUGCAGCCAACGAGAGCUGCACAGAGUUUCCAAUGGAAUCCCCCCAGAGACGAAGGAUACACCAACCUGUACACCAUCGUCAACGGGGAGUUAGUCACUCCCGUCAGACACCCAGUGUAUCACGUACCUCUCACUACCUCCAGGUUACCGAUUAACAGGUCUCCAUUUUCCCAUUUUCCAUCUACGAUCUAUAGCCAGCAUGAGAACGAUGGUCCCUUGAAGCAGUUAAGUGAAUCCUCCGCAAUUCAGAAAAGUUCAGCAUACUGGGGCUCCGUUCAGAGUGAAGUGCCACUCGCAUCUGGAGGGAUAUUUACUCCAUUUAAUGAAGCAAGGUACGAUUACACAAAAGCCCAAAGCCCACCGCACCGUGUGGGCAAUUUUGGUGUUCUGGGGAAACAUGGGUUUGGCAACAUAUUCCAAAAGUCCAAACCGUUAGAGGCUAUAGCAAGGAAUUCAGAUGUACCGACAAAUUCAGAUUACGUGGCGUCAGGAGGACCCAGCCCUUCCAAAGGAAGUGAUGCAGAACGAAACUUGAACGAAAAAAGUUUCACUAAUCAAAGCUCUGAGAUUGAACUGAAGUUGGAGAAAACGUCCAAUAAAUCUGAUACGUCAACAGACGUUAGUCAUCCAAUGGAUCAGGGACUAGUACCACAAACAGAGAAAUUGCCGGAUGACAGCAAAGAAGUCACAAACCAGAAACAGCCAGCUCUUUUGGGACCCGCCCUGUCAAAGCUACGUGAGAUCCUCGACCGACGGCCAGAGUGGAAUGACUCGCAAGACCUCAUGGACUGGCGCAAGAACUACACCGAUCCGAACAGACCGCCUGGCACGACGACGCUGAUUCUGAAGCCGGAAGCGGAGGCUGUGGCUGGCUGCAAUGGUACCGCCAUAGCGAACCCCAUCUCACACGCCGUGGUGCCCAUCGGACAACCGGUGGACGUCCACUUCGAACCCAGGGCCGUGGCGGUGGCUGGUCCCGGCGGAAAAGCCAAGGCGCAUUCAGACCUGGUCCUGUCCUUUGUAGCAGCAGCUGUGAGUGAGGAAUCCGACGAAGACGUCACCACGUCCUCACCGAACUGAUGUUUCGACGACGACGAAAUGUGCGUGAUUCCUUCCGUCCUUAGCAGGAGCUAUGUACAAAUGACCUGAUCAUUAGAGCCUAUAUCCGAAAGGUCCAAAAAUACUUCCAGCUCUCUCCAGCUUCGAGUUUACGGCAUGACACAGGAUGUAUAGCAAGAGUUCUCGUGAACACAUGCCAGUGUUUAGUGAAGGACAGUGAAGAUCUACAGACAUCCAACUCAUAAUUACUCAUGAUCAAAGGAGAAACAUUUCUUUAUAACAAUAUGGUCGGCAUUCCUCAGAGUUCGUGGUUCUUCUGCUCUGUGUAGCAUUUUUAUCACCGGUGUACUCAGAUGCUGCUAAGCAUGAUUGUAGACAUGCCUGCUCCUUGGACUCCAAUCAGGUUGUGAGGUUUGCUGGCAACAAGCCUCUGUUUACGUCCUAGAUCCAUUUCCAUUUUCGACCAAACUCUCUCUUGCUCUGUUGACUUAGAUCAAAAGAAAAGUGUCUCGAAACUUAAUUGUCUGGAUACCUAAUCAGUCGGGAUUCAAAUAAGAAUGCUAGAAAACCCAGUAAUCAAUUCAUUAAGACAGCGUGUCAUUAACUGGCGUUUUCCAGUUACUUAUUCAUUCUAGUAUUACAUUAAAAAGCAAAAGGAAAGGAAUAUGUCUUCGAUUUUGAAUGUCACCACUUGACUUUCCAUUCCUAGCGAUUCUAGGGGUGCCUUUCUUAUAUAGUGCCCAAGUCUGUUGUAAAACUGAUUGCAGUUUCUCUAAGCUUUCGAGAGUUAUACUUACACAUUUUUUUUCCUUCCAGCGCAAGGAGUGUGCUAAGCCCACAGUAUUUUUUUGCAUCAAUAAGUCGUAUGUGUAGCAAAGUUGAUAAAAAUAACUCCAAGCGUUUCGAUUUCAUGAGCUACGUAUGACUCUGUACAACACCAACAUCCUUACUGAUUAAAUGUCAUCGGCACUGUCACCAAUCUGCUUAUAAACGCCAAAAACUAUGCACCUGACACUAAUACCGUUCGUUUUCUACUAUUUUUUGUUGUCACUGCUUCACCUCUUAAUCCUACCAUAAACGACCCGUACCUGAACAAAAUAUUUUUCAUUCAGUAAGUCAUAUCAGUAACUAAUUUGAUUUAAACUGCUCCCAGCAUUUCAGAGUUAUCCACACUGUCACCAGCGUCCCAUCCCCAAAAAUAAGACAACUGUGCUCUGGAGCUCAUAAGUGUACCAAGACGGCUGGAUAUGAUAGAAGCACUCUAGAGCUAUAUUCGAAAGUAGAAUGGAUUUAAGGUGUAAAUAAUGGCGUUGUUGUGGUCUUGAGAAAAGAGUGUCUCACAUCCUGAUUGGCGUAUAGGAAGCAAGCGUGUUUAAGACCAUUUACUGACGGCAGUUAGGACAGCCGCCAAAAAGAUGUGAAAUAAAAUCGGAAAAAAUCCUGUGUCCUCUCAGAUGGCUAUCUGGAAAUUUUUCUCCUGCCUGCUGGAAAAGACAGAAAGCUCAGGUCUCUUUCAUUUCUGUUUUCUCAGAUGUAUGGCAUUCCUUCAUUUCUGUUCUCUCAGAUAUAUGCCAUGUAUCUGUGUUAUUACACAUGUGUGGGAAUUGGUCAAGAUCUGGAUAAGCAAAUGUCAUUGCGUAAUGAAAACUGAGGACUGCAAGAAGUAGCAACAAUAAAUAGAACAAACAGUUUUAGCUGUUAUUUUAUCCGUGUCAGAUGAAAGCGAGAUCAUUUGGUUCGUUUUAUCGAGCGGCUUAAUAUGCUAGCAAAGACUACACGUUGACUAACGUUGUGAUAAUUAUCUCAGACUCUGUAAUAUAAUGAGAGACAAUUCUACUCAAAUGUCGAUGACCUAAUAGUGCUAGAGGGAAGACAAUUGCUCAAUAUUGUAUCGAUGAACGCUAUAUAUCUAAAAGUAUUUUAUAAAAGAGUUCCUAUCUACUGUGAAUAGUGUGCAAUAUCUCUAAUUAGCUACGCAAUUUAUGUAGGUCAAUCUAAUUUUAGUUUUCCGUUUUAAAGUAUCGACAGCAGUCCACCUUACGUGGACAGAAAGAAGUCUACAUUAGCAUUUGCAAAAACGUUCUUGCCCCCAAGGAUGCGAUUUAUUUUUCUUUUGGCAGAUCAAAAUUAUAUACUAUUAUUUACUUUUAUUAUACUUUUUACCAUCUACAAUAUAAUGUAAAAAAAUGACAUUUUUUUAUAUUUCAUUCACAUGGUUUCU